CUCAAGUAAACUAAUAGUUCAACACCUGUGGCCGUGGAGUGCUGUGCUUCUUCCCCACAUUAAAGAUUUAGCAGAGCCUAGGCGUUUGAGCCCUGUGGACGAGGCUGAAGAUGUUCUGGCAGUUGUCGAGGACGAUGUUUGAAAAUCAGGGCUCGGUUCGAUGACCGCCACUGACCGGGGUAACACCCUGUCGGGCUUAGGUCUUGUCUUGGCCAGGGAGAACUGGGGGGUCCCUGCCACCACUGGUCUCUAGCUUCUGGGAAGUUCAAGGUCAUUCCUUUGGCCAUCCUUUGUCCAAGUGUUGGAAAGAGGCGAUUUCCACGGCGGCACGAUGUCCAGCACGCAUUCAAAAAAAUCCUUCAAGGCAUCGUUUGCUGCUGGUUCGUUGAGUGGAAUGUGUUCUACCCUCUUGUUUCAACCUCUUGACUUGGUCAAAACCAGACUACAAGUCCAGAAGCGACACACCCAUCGCCCAGCCUCUCCACUUGGCACAUCCUCCGCAUCAUCAUCAUCAACACCACCUUCAGCAGGCAGUAGCAGCGGCACGCUCAGUUCUCGUACGAACACUCUACACCGACCAGCCCCCACUGGGACAAUACGGGUCAUGUUGGACGUAGUUCGGAAUGAAAACAUCGGCGCUCUCUGGAAAGGAUUAACACCAUCGUUAACACGAACGGUUCCCGGAGUUGGGCUGUACUUUGGUGUGUUGCACACUCUUCAACAGUUUGUACUGUCUGGAGAUCAUGACCCCAGUCCGGGCUGUGCAGCUCUUUGUGCUGGAGCUGCACGCUCCGUGACCUGUGCUACUCUACUACCGUUCACUGUCGUCAAGACCCGGUUUCGAGUCGUCAAGAUGUAUGGAAUGACAGGAUAA